AUGCUGGCGUGUCACAGGGGCCUGCAGCUGGCGCCUCCCACCGCCCUCCACUCGUGCACCGCUCCCGUGCAGCGGCAGCCACCACAGAGUGCAAGCAGAGCCUUAAUCAGCCGUUACUUCGGACGGCAUGCGUGCGAUGUGAGGGCAGAGGCAGUGCCCAGCGGCGGCAGAAGCCUGCGCACCCCGCACAGCGGAUACCACUGGGACGGCACGCCGCGACGCUUCUUUGAGGGCUGGUACUUCAAGGUCACGCUGCCGGGCGACGGCCAGAGCUUUGCGCUGAUCUAUAGCGUUGAGGACCCGCUGGGCAACAACAAGUACAGCGGGGUGGGGGCGCAGGUGAUGGGGCCCGAUGACGGCUACCUGCUGCAGUACAGCCCCCAGGUGCAGGAGUUUUGGGCGGACAGGAGCGAGCUUGCGCUGGGCGCGGUGUUCAAGCAGCGCUCCGCCUCGCAGCCGCUGAGCGGCCUGAAGCGGGUGCUUCCGCCGGCGCAGUUUGAGGCGGGGGUGGAGCAGGGCUUCCAGGCCACCGCCACCUGGCACCAGGGCAGCAUCGUGCGGCAGGAGGCGGGCGCCACCGGCACCCUGACCUCAACCGUGGACACCUGCCGCUGGGCCUUCUCAGUGCGGCCGGUGGUGGGGUGGGGCGACGUGGGCGGCCGCCAGAAGGCCACCGCCGGCUGGCUGGCCUCGCUGCCGGUGUUUGAGCCUCACUGGCAGGUGGUGAUGGCGCAUGGACUGGCCACCGGCUGGGUGGAGUGGGGCGGCCAGCGGUACGAGUUCACCGACGCGCCGCACUAUGUGGAGAAGAACUGGGGCGGCGGCUUCCCGCGGCGCUGGUGCUGGAUCCAGUGCAACACGUUUGAGGGCGAGCCUGGGACGAGCGUGACGGCGGUGGGCGCGCUGCGCGGCCUGCUGGGCGUGCCGGGGGUGGAGGAGAAUGUGGGCAUGAUCGGCAUCCACCACCGCGGCCGCUUCUACGAGUUCCUGCCCAACAACGGCAGCCUGAGCUGGGAUGUGGAUCCCUGGGGCCGCUGGCGCAUCUCGGCACGCACCCGGGAGCACGAGGCGGUGGUGGAGGCGGUGUGCGAGGCGCCCGGCACGCCGCUGCGGGCGCCCACCAUCGACGAGGGGCUGGCGCCUUUCUGCCGCGACUCCUUCUGCGGCAAGGUGCGCAUACGCGUGUGGGCGGCGGGCGACACCGGCGGCACCCCCAUCCUGGACUGCACCAGUGCGGGCAACUCGGGGGCCGUGGAGGUGGGCGGCGGCCCCUGGUUCUCACGCUGGCAGCAGGAGGCGGAGAUGGCGGGGCCCGUCAAGCAGCUGCUCAACCUGCCGCUGGAUGUGGAGGCGCUGGCCGACUGGCUGCCUGCCAAGCUGCGGCCGCCGGGGCUGUGA